AUGGAGAGAGCGACCGAGAUGCGUGUGAACCACAACGAGGAAGACGAGAUGGAAAUCUCCGGCUACAGCCCCUGCUGCUGGAAACUGGCGCUGGUCUCGCUGGGCACGGUCUGCAGCGGAGGCUUCCUCCUCCUCUUCCUCUACUGGCUGCCGGAGCUGAGCGUCAAGUGGACCUGUCAGGCUGUGCCGCUGCAGGAGGCCCGGGUCGUGCUGCUGCGGACCACGGACGAGUUCCGGACGUGGUCCCGGGUCCGGGUGCGCUCUCUCUUUGCUCCCGGAUGCCAGCCCUUGGGCUUCCCGCAGCUGUCGGAGAGCAAGAGGCCCCUGUGCCAGGCCAGCCAGCUGGAGGACUGGGAGGGCCAGGAGGAGCUUCUUUGCCAGCCUGCCCGUGGGGAGCAGGCCGAGAUCCGCUUCUUUGUCCACCACCACGUGCGCUACCUCUGGAGUGCCGAGUCCCAGUCUUUCCGGCGUCUCACGGCCCUGGAUCUCGGGCUGCCUUGUGCCUCCCUGCACGCCCUCCACGGCACCGGCCUCCCUCGCAGCACCCAGGACUACAGGAGGCUUUUUUAUGGAGCCAACCAAAUUGACGUGAAAGUGCCUUCCAUCCCCAAACUCCUCGUCAAGGAAGUGCUGAACCCCUUCUACAUUUUCCAAGCCUUCAGCAUGGUGCUGUGGUCCCUCGACGAUUACUACUUGUACGCCUCGGCCAUCCUCUUCAUGUCUCUCGUGUCCAUUAGCUGCUCCCUCUACACCCUCCGUAAGCAAUACGUCCUCCUGCACGACAUGGUUGCGACGCACAACAUCAUCCGCGUGACGGUGUAUCGGGGGCCCCAUGAGACGGAGGAGAUCUUCUCCACAGAGCUGGUGCCGGGGGACGUGCUGCUGGUGCCUCCGGGAGGGCUGAUGCUGCCGUGCGACGCGGUGCUCCUGAACGGCACGGCCAUCGUCAAUGAGAGCAUGCUCACCGGCGAGAGCGUCCCCGUCACCAAGACGGCUCUGCCCAGCCCAGCCCAGGGCGCCAACGGGCUGCUCCGGGAUCCGGUGUACAGUCCAGAAGAGCACAAGCGGCACACACUCUUUUGUGGCACCUGCGUCAUCCAGACGCGGUACUAUUCCGGGGAAGCGGUGCGGGCGCUGGUCAUCCGGACAGGUUUCGCCACUUCCAAGGGGCAGCUGGUUUGCUCUAUCCUGUUUCCAAAGCCCACCGACUUCCGCCUGUACAGGGACGCCUGCAGGUUCCUCCUCUGUCUGGUGGGAGUGGCUGGGAUUGGUGUGUGAGUCCAUCUAAUCCCAGAGAUCCUUUCUUGCUCCCUCCCCCCCAUCCAGGAGCGCCCAGGCCGCAUCAUACUGGAAUCCCUUGACAUUUUAACCAUCACUGUCCCACCGGCGUUGCCGGCAGCCAUGACGGCCGGGGUGGUGUAUGCCCAGCGGCGCCUGCGCGGGAAGCAGAUCUUCUCUAUCAGCCCUCAGCGCAUCAACAUUUGUGGCCAGCUGAACUUGAUGUGCUUCGAUAAGACGGGGACCCUGACCGAGGAUGGGCUGGACCUCUGGGGUUUUGUACAAGCACAGAACGGCAGCUUCCUCCCAGCCGGGCAGGACGUCCGUGGCCCCGGUCUGUCCGGCUCCCCCUUGGUCGCUGCCAUGGCUGCCUGCCACUCUCUCACCACCAUUGGAGGGCGCCUCUCGGGGGACCCCCUCGAUCUCAAGAUGUUUGAGGCCACCGGAUGGGUGUUGGAAGAGCCCACCCAGGAAGAGACGGCUCUGCAUGACCAAAUCCAGCCCACCGUCGUGCAUCCUCCUGACCAGGUCCCUCCUGAGAUCCCAGAGGGAGCGUCUGAGGACGAGGAGCUCAUGGAGUUGAUGAAACUCUACCAGAUCGGCAUCCUGGUGCAGUUCCCCUUCUCCUCGAGCCUGCAGCGCAUGACGGUCGUGACGCGCACCCUGGGGGAGAAGAGACUGGUCGCCUACAUGAAGGGGGCGCCGGAGACGGUGGGCGGGCUCUGCCGCAAGGAGACAGUUCCAGGCGAUUUCUCUGCCGUGCUGGAGUCGUACACCCGCCGGGGGCUGCGGGUCAUUGCCCUGGCGUGCCGGCGGCUGGAGAACAAGUACACGUGGCACAAGGUCCAGCACGCGAGCAGAGAUGUCAUCGAGUGCAACAUGGAGUUCUUGGGGCUUGUCCUGCUGCAGAACAAGCUGAAGGCGGAGACGGUGCCCGUGCUGGAGGAGCUGCGCAGGGCGUGCCUUCGCCUGGUCAUGGUGACAGGAGACAACCUGCUGACUGCCGUCUCCGUGGGCCGGGAGUGCGGCAUCAUCCCAGCCAAGGGGAAGGUGAUUCUGACCGAAGCCCUGCCCCCCAGGGACGGGCAGCCCGCCACCAUCCACUGGCAGUAUGCAGACGAGCUGCCUGCGGCCGGAGUCCUCGCCAAGCCAGGCAAGGAGGAGAUCAAACUCAUGUUGGACGAGGAAGAACCGCCCCCCGGGCCCCAGCCAAACAUCGCCGACACCAGUUACCAUUUUGCAAUCGGUGGGAAGUCCUUUGCCGUCAUCUUGGAUCACUUCCCUGAUCUGCUCUCAAAGCUGCUGCUCUGUGGCACCGUGUAUGCCCGCAUGGCCCCCGACCAGAAGACGCAGCUCGUCGAGGCCCUCCAGCAGAUGGACUACUAUGUGGGCAUGUGUGGGGAUGGAGCCAAUGACUGUGGGGCUCUGAAACGGGCUCAUGUCGGCAUCUCCCUCUCUGAGCUGGAGGCCUCCGUGGCGUCUCCCUUCACCUCCAAGACACCGAACAUCUCCUGCGUCCCAGACCUCAUCCGGGAAGGCCGCGCGGCCCUGGUGACCUCCUUCUGUGUCUUCAAGUUCAUGGCCCUGUACAGCAUCAUCCAGUACCUCAGCGUCCUGCUGCUCUACUCCAUUCUCAGCAACCUGGGAGACGUGCAGUACCUCUUCAUCGACGUGGCCAUCAUCCUGUCUCUGGCUUUCACCAUGAGCCUGAACGGGGCCUGGCCUGAACUGGUCCCCCAGCGGCCGCCCACGGGCCUGGCGUCUCCCCAGCUCCUGCUCUCUGUGCUCACCCAGAUCCUGCUCUCGCUGGGCUUCCAGGUGGGGUCCUUCCUCCUCGUCCAAGGGCAGCCCUGGUACCGCCACAAGGAGGACGAGCACUGCGGCCUCCUGGCCAACCUCACGCUGGAUGCCAACAGCACGUCCCCGGGGAACGCCACGGCAGGGCCGGAGCCCGAGGAGGAGGCCGACGACGACGCCUCCGUGCGCAGCUUUGAAAACACCACCCUCUUCUACGUCUCCUGCUUCCAGUACGUGGUGGUCGCGCUGGCCUUCGCCAAGGGGCGGCCUUUCCGACAGCCCACUCAUGCCAAUGGUCUCUUUCUUGCUUCCCUGGUGACCGUUUCCAGCUUCUUGCUGCUGCUGCUGCUGUGGCCGAUCCCCGCCCUGGACGAGUUCUUGGAGCUGGAUUGCAUCCCGUACGAGUGGAGACUCAUCCUGCUGGCUUUGACACUGAGCAACCUGGUGCUGUCCCUCUCCCUGGAGAACUUUGUCUGCGACUGCGACGUCCUCUGGCAGAGGGUCUGCUACACUCAGCGGAAGUACGAAUACCCAAACAGGGCCGCUUACCCCCAGUUGGAGCUGGACGAGAUGGCCCCCGGCUACUCCUGCCGCCAGCACGCCUCCCCCCGGGCCAAGUACAAGCGUCUGGCCCAAGAGCUCCUCUUUGACCCCGACUGGCCCCCGCAGCCGAAGACGAGCAUCAAGGCCCAGGUGCCUCCUGCUGAGAGCACCGCCUAAGGCAGGCCAAUGCUCCCGGAAGGCCGCAGAAGUUGGAAUACUUGCCCUUGCUCCUAGCGAGGGCUGCGAUCAGGAAACAAGGAGCAUUGUGGGGCUUGUAGUUCACAGGCUGCCCAUUGUCCUCUAAUACCACAAAACACACACACCCGUCUGUGCUCGGUCCAGCGGUGGGCAGCAGCGCCUCUCCCCCUCCUGCCGCCAUUGCACUUUUCCUUGGCAUCUCGUGGUACCAAUCAUGAGUUUGACUGUAUUAAUUACUACCUUGGGAAGAAAGUCAGUGUAUUAAAUUCCACUUUGCUGAACAUCCCGCUGUGUGGGAAGCUGG